AUGUUCGUUGUGGUCUCUUCAGAUCUGGUCACUCUUCGUCUUGGACGGUCAGAUCCGCCGUCAUAUGGUGGUUGGGGGUCAGUCGAUGCUUGUUUCUUGGCGAGGUGGUUUAGAGGCGAAUUCCUUGUAUCUUUUGUUGGUUUGUGGGAUUUUCUCUGUGGUUUCUUCUUCGGAAUGCUUUGGGAAUGCUUGCUGCUUUCCGUGGAGACCUUCAACCUUGCUGUCUUGCGCUUGUGUCUACUGAACCGUGGUGUUGGUUUGUGUGGUGGGGGUGAUGAUGUGUGGUGGUGGUUGGUGUUUUUAGUGAGAAGGCCGAUAUCUCCAAGACAAGGAUAUAAGCCAGGGUCAACUAUGUGGCCAAGAAGUAGAACUACACUUAUUUACUUGGAAUGCAGACUCCGAAUUGAAACUUCAUAUGGAUGGGCAAAUUCCAUGUCUAAAGUUUUGAAAAGCUUUAAAGAUUUGUCUUACAAUAUAAAUCAACCCGCUGGAUUCGCUUAUUUGAAAGGUAAAGUUGAUCCACAAAAAUUGUUAUCGAAGCUAAGGAAGGCAGAAAAACAUGUUACACUUGAAUGGAGUAGUUAUGUUUUUCAUAUUGAGAAUCAAGGAAAUGGAUAUAACAAUCAUCAUUUCAUUCCUCAAGGACCAUUUUAUACUAUAGGAUAUCCUUAUGAUCCUAAUGUUUAUCAAUUCAAUCAUCCAAACCCUAAUUGGAACAACAUGCCACAAUAUGGUCUUCCCUAUCAUGCUCCUGAACGUCAACAUAGUACUGAACACAUGUUUGAAGGUACAAGCUUCUCAAGUCAAUCAUCUGAUUCACAGUCUCCGGUGCGUUCAAACCACCAUCAGUCCGAUGUCGGGAAUUCUUCCUUGCCAGUUAUUCAGCCAGAAAACAAUAAUCAAACAAAUGACCAACCUGCUCAACGAUCUUCUUUUAUGAAGAAAAUUGCUGAGAAGUUAUGCUUAGCAUCCUAAGUAAUUUUGUACUAUUGCAUAUUUUUAACUUAUAAAUUG